AACAUUCUGGGCUACGUAAAUAUUUGAACGAAACAUGCAAGCAGCUGUACACCCAAUUGCAAUAUUUUUCACUCUCAUAAAUCAGAGUUUAAGGUCCGGUUUUCAUAUACAUGUUGGCCAUUAAUUUUAUUUAAUUAUUGAAGGGUUGUUGAACUCUUCCUCAAAAACUUGGGGGUGCACCGUCCCUAGUGCCCUAGACGCGUGUCAGCUGUGGGGUAGCAGUGGCGUGGACAUAGUCGGGAGAAAGAGAAACCGAUGAAACGCCAGAGGAUUGGUCAGAGCCCCAAUAGCAAUUACUGGAUCCUAUGGAUCCACCUGACAUGAAUUCAGAAGAUUACAUCCCUCCCUUAAGGUAUGGUUCGAACGAUAACUGGACAUGGCACAGAAGAGAUAAGUCUCCGGAAGUAAGACUGUACGGCAACAAUUUCCAAUCUGCUUUGUUCCACCCUAACUGGAGCAGUGGUACAGCUGGUGUCAGAGGAACAAGAAUGCUUAACAACGGAAGAUACUUCUGGGAGCUUCAUCUGUCCAAACGUAUCUUUGGAACCAGCAUGAUGUUCGGAAUAGGCACAAAAAAGGCUAGACUACACGCUGAUUCUUUCACGAACCUUAUUGGAGAAGAUGCCAACAGCUGGGGCUUGUCCCAUAAGGGUCUCCUAUGGCACGCUGGUGCCAGAACGCAUUACACCAAACCUUUCAGAGAGAACGUCCAUACAGUCAUUGGCAUCUACUUCGAUGGUAUUGCAGGUACUCUCAGCUACUACAAAGACAAAAAAUGUCUAGGUGUCGCCUUUCGAGGGCUGCACCAGGUCAAGGAGCCUUUAUAUCCUAUUAUCUGUUCCACCGCAGCUAAAACCGAAAUGGUUUUAUCGACCACGCGAAGAGACUACAUCAACUUACAGGACAGAUGCAGGUCCGUUAUCGUUAAGUUAAUCAAGAAGAAAAAAGACUUGGAGGAAUUGUAUGUUCCAACUAGGAUAAGAAAUUUCUUAGCUGAAGAGAUGCCAGAAGCAACGGUACCUCUCAAGGUCGUCAACGAUAAUAAAGCGGAUGAAAAUUCUAAACGAAUCGACUGAUUUUAACUAUACCUAUUUAAUGAAUCAUAAAUCUCAUGCAUGAAAUGUUGCUGCUGCUAUGAUUUUUUUGGAGUACAUACGUCAUGAAACAUUCGACAAUACAAAAAAAAUGUAUUCGUCCGUUAUCUACUCAUAAGGAAAUCAUAAUUGAUUGUAAAUUGAAACUAUCAUUUCAUUUUUCAUUAUCAUUUACGCAUUCUUGACGGUCAGUUAUAAAUUUUGCUGAUCUAAAACGAAGGAAUCCUGGAUAAAAACUUAAUUAUAGAUUUAACGAUUAUAUUAGAAUUUGUAAAGAUUAAAAUAAGACUAUGAAAUUUAAGACAAUUAAGUUCUUGAUACUGAAGGAAUGUUUGUAAAAUAUAGGUAUAUAUUCUUCUCCUUGUCAAAGAUCUCAGCAUUAUUCUGAAUAUCAGAGCUUCAGAAAAUAUCAGUUUUUAAUACUUUGACAACAUGUAAAUUGCUCUUGAAAUUUUUUUAUAUGGAAAUGUUUCAAAAUUUAUGACUUAUAGUAAGUUAUAUCAUAUUAUUCAUGUGAUAUCUCUUCUAAUUAGACCUAAGACAAAUUAUAUCCGGACAAGAGCCAGUGGUGAAAAGUUACCAAAAAUGUAUGUGAAGCUUGAUGUUAGAGUAUAAUAUAAAAUUAAUGUCUUAAUGGAUUUGAAACUUUUUUUGCCGUUCUAUUCAGAUCGUUCAUUUUGGUACAACUGUAUGAUCGUGCUCAAAAAUGUGUCUGAAUUUAAAUUGUCUACAACUACUAAGCAUUAUGUAGAAAAGCAGCCAUUCAAGUACCUAUUUCUUGUGCAAUGUGUUCUAGUAGUAUAAGUUACAGUACUGAAUUUUUAAGUUAGCAUUUUCAACCGUAUCUAGUCUCUGGUGAUGUGAUAUUGAAAAUUGAUAUAUUAGUUUGAAUGUGUAAAUUAUUGAUCUGAAAAUAAGGCACAAAUAUUGUGAAUUUCGGCCUGUUUGUGCAAUACAAUUUGUAAAUAUUGAAUGACUUGUGACGAGAGUGAAUUUUACUUUCGUUUAGCUUAGUAAAAAUGAUUAUCUAUUUGUAUUUAAUUUGUUCACAUUAAAUCGAAGAAAGAAAAUGAUGAAUUUUAU